AUGUUGCGACUGGAAUCGCGGGCGUCGGAGUGCAACGUGGGACGAAGCAAGAAGCGCAAGGCGAGCGAAAUCGCCGAGGAUGCCGACGAUGCCGACGAAAGCGUGGAAGAGACCGAAGCGCCGGCGCCACAGCCGAGACGACGAAGAACGAACGUCACCGACCUAGGAUGCGGCCGAAGUGGCUCGGCGCAAGGCCGAAUACGAAUUGGAAGCCAAGGUGCCGUGAAGCGGGAACGGCUUGGGCAGUGUGCAGAAGCUACUGGGGCAGCACUUGGCACGGCUGCCAAGAACGCAAAAGUGGCCGAAGUGGCGACGGCAAAGCGCGCCGAAGAGGCCAAGGCUAUCGCGGAGGCCGAAGAAAAGGCGUCAGAUGAAGCAGCCAAGGAGGCUGCAGAAGCAUCAACAAAGGCGGCCAGCGGAGGUGUGGUGGGGACACCAGCGGGUGAUGGGGGACAUCCCGUCGCAGCAGGCGGUGAGGGAAAGCAAGAGAAGGCGAGCGCCAAUGAAGCCGUCGUGAGGACAGAGGCAAACGUCUCAAAGGCGAAGGUGGUGCGAAGGUGGUGGGCCGGAACGAGCCGCGGAUGGACCAGCGUGGAAUCGGAAUACGUGCGUGACAUUACGCGCUGCUUGACUGUGGUGAACGCGUUUGAUGAAACGACUGGGGAUACCGGACGGCCAACGUUACCGUUGUCGAGCGGCAUGCAGCUGGCGAGGGUGAGUUUUCACCCGUUUGAUAAGCUCAAGGGCGUCAUGCUCGUGUGGUUAGAGCGGGAGUGCCUUGAGCGCUGGACUGUGUUGUGCAAUGACGAGACUUUGCUGGAGUACAUUGAAGCGUUCUUGUGGACGCUUGUCCAACAAGGCAGCAGGCGGCAUGGGCGGCUGCUGCUGAUAGCGGGACGGUUAGUGAACUCGCUGUCUAACUUCGCAGGGGUGCUUCGACAAAACCAUGGGCGUUUGGACGCGUGGUCCAUCGCAGUGGAUCGCCUCUCGCGUAAAUAUGCGUUGGCCCGGCUCGCACACCGAACUGCCGACCCGCAGCUAUCCAUCGCGAUCCCACGAUCGCGGUCGCGUGGUCAAUCGACGGCGCCUGUGAGAAAUCUAGACGACUUGUACCUGUUUAUCGAGUUUAUUAUCGACUUGGUCAGCGAGUCGGCGUCUGAAAUGAAGCGAAAACAGACGAAAGUGGUUCCGCUGGUGAAUUUGCUAUCGACGACUGUGGACAUCAUUCGACUGGAAGAGCCCCUGUACGGCGGCACCAUCCUAAACCCCGUCGAAUAG